GGUCUUGCAGCAAAACCUGUUUUUCAUCUGUCAAAUAAAGCAUAAAAAAAAUCCUAAAAUCUCUUCAAACAGAGGGUGGUGCUUUUGAUGAACUUCAUAUAUAUUUUUUUACAAUGCUUUGUGCAACAUCUAAAUAGAGGUUAGUUUGUAGAAACUAAAUGACUUAUAGUUACUGUCAUAACUAAUAAUACAUGUUUUGGCAAGUAUAAAUUACUGGUUUCACCUGUGAUAAGGGUACUGGCACAGUUCCAAUUAUACCUUUGGCUCCAAGGGCCAAUGCUGACAUCUGGGGUGGAUUUACCAGAAACCAGACUGAACCAGCCCUGGAAAACAGGGGAGGGACCAAUGUGUAAUAAAACUAGUUUUUGUCACAAAACGUUUAGUUACAGUCGGAGGUAUACCUGUGUCCACAACCAAAGUCUGCAAUGUUGAUUGUUGACAGCUGGCAGUGGUAAAGGGGUGGGGUUAUCUUGUGCUUUGUGGAGUUGAGGAUAAACUUGAUAUGCACCUGUGAAAGAGCCAAGAGGACCUCCCACAAAUGAAACCGGAUACUGACUCGUCAGUGAUAACCAGGUAGACAAAGCAUGACCUACCAGUGUUGAGGAAAGAAUGGACAGCGUUAACUGUGAGUUUUGGUAUUUUUUCUGUCUGUACACAAUGAUCACUGCCCUAUACCUUGGGGCAGUUCUAUUUAAGGCAAGAGGAAGUCAUGAUGGGGACUAUUGGACCUUUGCACUUGGGGCUCUUGGGGGGCCUCUGUGCUUUUUGGCCCUUUCAGGCUACUGUGGUCUUCUCCUUCUGAUCUGCAGCCUCGCCUUGUGCUAUGUGGUUCUUGGCAUGCAAACGGACAUGCUGACGAUGCAUGGAAAAGCAGUGUUGAUUACAGGUUGCGAUACAGGUUUUGGGCAUGCCCUGUCGAGAAGGCUGAGCGAUAUGGGAGUGACUGUGUUUGCGGGGGUUCGUGAUGAGAACAGCCUAGGAGCCAUGGAACUGAGUAGACGGGGGUCUGACGGAGGACCAGGCAGGCUGCAGGUCCUUCAGCUGGAUGUGACAGACGCCGGGCAGAUUCAGCGAGCUCACCACAUCAUCUGCACUCAGGUUGGAGAGGCAGGUCUUUGGGGGAUCGUGAAUAACGCAGGGGUCCUGGACUGUGUGGCAGAUGGGGAGAUUCUGCCUGUGAGAAUGUACCGAGACUGCUUGGCUGUGAACUUCAUCGGUGCAGUAGAGGUGUCUCAGGUCUUCCUUCCGCUGAUCCGACAUGCCAGAGGCAGGAUAGUCAAUGUCUGCAGUAUGGCAGGAGAUGUGCCCCUCCCUGGGUUUGCAGCCUAUGGGGCAUCCAAAGCAGCCCUGAAAAUCUUUUCUGGAGUCAUGAGACUGGAGUUAGCAAGAUGGGGGGUCAAAGUGUCCACAAUCCAACCGGCAGCUUUCAGGACAAACAUAUUCGGUACCAGCGACGACUGGAGCCGCAAAAAACAAGAGAUCUUUAAAUGUCUAUCCCGGAAUGUCUGGGAGGACUACGGCGAGGCAUACGUCUCCUCUCUUCAGUCCCGCUACUCCGAGAUGGCCGACAUGUCCUCAGAGGAUCUGCGCCCUGUGCUAGACGACAUCCGCCACGCACUGAUGUCCGCGGCCCCGAGACCCACCUACACGCCGGGCCCGUCUGCCUGGCUCAUCCCUUUUCUCCACUGCCUCUGUCCCACGUGGCUCUAUGACAUCAUCAUUACUUCUCUGUUUCACUUCAAUAGCAGCCUUCCAGCUGGGCUCCAGGCGGAAAGAGGCUGAGCGGGGUUCUGGGACGCGGCAAACGAAGGAGAUGGCUGACACGGGGUGAUGUCA